CACUGUCUGUUGCAUCAGGAACUCCAUUCUCAGGUGCAGAAAAAUAUGCAGAUGGAUUGUGACAAAAAAAGUUGUAACAAUGAUCUGUUAGAGUACCUGCGCUUGUUGGAACCCGAAAUGGUGAUUGAACUUUCAAAGCCAUCUUCAUGUGAAGUGGAGGAAGUAACCCACGAACUAGCUCAGAACAUACUGCAGUUAUUUUUCAAAGAUAUUGAAGCUGAGCCUGGCGAGAGCAUAUCGUUUAGAGCUUCAACCCAGGAUGAAUCGCAUGUCACGAUAGAAACUUCACGAGAUUACUUGGCAAAGCUACUUUUCUGGUGCAUGUUACUUGGCCAUCACUUGAGAAGCUUGGAAAACAGAUUAUAUUUGAGUUGUGCAGUUGGAUUGUUGUGAAAGUAAAGAGAAUAUAUAAUCAAGGGUAAAGAGAAAUGUAUGUAUAUUCUACUCUCCUUUUCUUCAUUUAAAAAAAAAAGUAAGUAUAUCCCCAUUCUGUAUUUCUCAUAUGAACCUUAGGUAUAUUAAAAGUUUACUUUAAUAUACCAUAGUGAAAUUGAAGUACAAAUGAAAUUUCUAUGAUAUU